GAAGCCGGGUCCCGGGGUGCGUUGUGUCCGGCCCGUUUCCACUGGAGGCUGCCGAGAGCUUUGAGGGGCGGCUUGGGGGUCUCGUGACUUACAAGUCUGAUGAGAAGCACCUGAGGGAGCUGGCGUUGUUUAGCCUGGAGGAGGCUGAGGGGAGACCUUAUGGCUCUCUACAACUACCUGAAAGGAGGUUGUAGUGAGGUGGGGGUUGGUCUCUUCUCCUAAGACACUAGUGAUAGGACAGGAGGAAAUGGCGUCAAGCUGCGUCAGGGGAGGUUUAUAUUGGAAAUUAGGAAAAAUGUCUUUCCUGAGAGAGUGGUCAGGCAUUAGAACAAGCUGCCCAGGGAGAUGGUGGAGUCACCAUCCCUGGAAGUGUUCAAAAAAUGUGUAAACAUGGCACUUGGGGACAUGGUUUAGGAGGCCUGGGGGUGUUGGGUUGGCAGUUGGACCUGAUGAUCCUAGAGGUCUUUUCCAACCUUAAUGAUUCUAUGAGGUGAGGAAGGGAGGGCAGGGUGAGGUGGCAGCACUCUCCCCAGUGUGGGAGCUGGGGCAAUCCCGCCAGGGCCCCAGAGAGACUCAGUCAAGGAAAUUAAUUGCAGGUGGAAUUGGAAGCAGGAAUGCUGUGCUGGAGCCAGUACUUGUUUCUUACUUGAGAUCAUGAUUUCUGGGGCGUUUUUGCCAUGCCAGCUGACAAGAAUGCAGCCAGUGUUUGCCCUGCCCUCCCCAGGGCACCUCAGGUGCCAUCUCACAUGUAUUUGAACACAUAAGCAGUAGUUACUAACCAGAACUGACUCUCUCCUUUCUUCCUGCCUGUAAAGUAUAUACAGCUUCAGUCCCCCAAAGCUAUUAACUUUCCUCUGUCCCUUCAGGAUGUUGCUACACUUUAUAAUAGCUCUUGAGAAACAGGUAGGUUUCUUUUAUAAAAUGUUACAGAACCCUUGUGGAACCCUGUGCUAAGCCCAGGAGAAAAUUUGAAAGAUCAAAAAAAAGUAAGGAAAUAGAAGAUCCACCCCCACCCCCCUCCAAAUACUCCUGCUAGCUGAUCAAAGAGGUGUGAGUCAAGUGGAACACGAGCACAUGCCAUGAUGAGUGGCUUGCUGUCACCUGGAGUGGGUGGCGGGCCAUCAAGACCCUCUUGUUCCACCCCUGGCUCUGUGUUGGCCCAGUUAUUUUAGCUGAGCUCAGUUUGGGUGAUUGACCAGACGGGGCGUUUUCCUGUCUUUGUUUCCCCCCCUUUUUGGGGUCCCCAGUAAAUACCCAGCUUGCCAUACUUCAGAUUACAUCCCUUCUUUGACGUUUGCUUCAUCAACAAAACUUCCAGCGUCAGCUCAAACGCAGAUCCUUUAACCUCCCUCAGCAGUUCCUUCCCAAGCAUACUUUGCUCUUACAAAGCUUUUGCCAGCUGAAACUGUUUUCCUUCUCUUGCUCAAGAAGGAAAAACAAACCGAGGCAUAUGCAAACAAAAGCUGUUCUGCUAACCAAGCCUGAACCUCUGCUGGAGUUGAGCAACCUCCCUCGUAGGAGAAGUGUUGCCUCCUGGUGACACUGUAUGACCGUCUGUCACCUGACUCAUCGACAGGCUGGAGCCCUGGCAAAAGGUGCUGAAGAAAACACAUACGCUUGGGGCUUAAUUGUCUUUUAUGACACUUUUAGAAUUAGAUCAUUAUCUUUUAAAAUAUUUCCUUUCUAUUUCCUCAGAGCUUGCUAAGGAUGAAAGCAGUCCUGCCUAACAAGUACAGGGUCCAUUGUUUUCCAGCUGCAGAUAGGAGAUCUUCAUCCGCAGCACAGACUGUGAUCGGACGCUGAUGAGUGCAGAGGCCAACCUGGCAGGCCUGUAUCCCCCAGAGGGACAGCAGAUGUUCAACCCUAACAUCUCCUGGCAGCCUAUCCCUGUACACACAGUGCCCGAGUCUGAGGAGAAGCUACUGAAGUUUCCUUUGACCCCCUGUCCACGGUAUGAACAGCUACAGAAUGAAACACGGCACUCAGCAGAAUACAUAAAUAAGACCAAAGCUAAUUGGCAAUUCCUGCAGAUGGUGGCAAAUGAGACUGGAAUCUGGAACAUCUCUCUCGAGUGUGUUUGGAGUGUGUAUGACACACUGUUCUGUGAACAAGCACACAAAAUGAAUUUGCCAGUAUGGGUGACACCAGAUGUCAUGACUCAGCUGAAGCAACUAAAAGACUUUGGUUUCGAAUUUCUAUUUGGGAUCCACAAUCGGGUAGAAAAAUCUCGUCUGCAAGGUGGGGUCCUGCUGGAUCACAUACGGAAAAACCUAACCAAAGCAGCAAACGUCUCUGCCCCCCAGAACCUGAAAGUACUUGCCUAUUCAGCGCACGACACCACACUUGUGGCACUGCAGAUGGCUCUAGAUGUCUACAACAAGAUUCAAGCACCAUACGCCUCAUGUCAUUUAUUUGAACUGUACCAAGAGGAUGAUGGUAACUUCUCUGUGGAGAUGUUUUUCCGGAACGACAGCAGAAAGGAACCUUUCCCACUGACAAUCCCUGGCUGUCAGCAUAAAUGCCCACUGCAAAGAUUCUUGGAACUCACGGAUCCUGUUGUUCCCCAGGACUGGGAGCGAGAAUGCCAGGUAGCAAGCAGUGUGCAUGACACAGAACUAUUUGUGGGUCUGGCUGUGUGUGGAUCCAUUCUUCUCCUCCUUAUAAUCCUCCUCUUGACGGUACUCUUUUGUAUACAGUCUCAGCCCCCCGGCUACCGGCACGUUUCCAACGAGGGAGAAGAGCAGGCCUGACAGUUGUUUCAACUCCUUCCCAGGCGGUAGGAGGGAGCAGUGUUGCUGCUAAGGGUGAUUGGGUACCUUCAGUUCUUCUGCUUUGCCCAUUGCUUCCCAGAAUGAAACUGGACUUGAUUUUUGGAUGCUUUCUAAAGGUGACGUCCCAGAGAGAGACGACUGAGCUACUCUAAUGGAAAUGACACCUUAAUUCUGAAGCCAGCCUACUGUGUGGUACCCCCAGUCCCCAUCCAGCUUCCGUAGUCUGGGAUUCCCAACAUGGCCAGUUGGAGCUGGUCAAGAGUUUUCCUCCUUUCAGUGAUUGUAAAUGUUACCACUCACCAUGACUCUGGCAGAGGGGCUUGGGCCUCCAGCAGCUGCCACAUCCAGUGCCAUUAGGAGUUGCAGCUUUCUUCAGGGUCAACCUGCUUUGAGUGCUUUUCUCUCAAGCUGUUGGGCUGAUGGUGGUUGGUGUAGAGGGCCCAGGUCACCAACAAUGCACUGCGACUCACCUAGCAUCCAUGCAGAGGGAACUGCUGCAGAUGAUGGCAGACAGUGAAAAGCAUUUCUUGAGGUUGCUGCUAAGUAGCUGCUGCUGGCAACUGGUCUUUUCUCCCACUCCUCGCAUCGUGGUUCAAGAGAGAACUGGCUUGGAAUCAGGACAAGAUCGAAAAUCCAGCAGUUUUUAAGAAUUCAGCUCAGAGUAGGUUACAUGUGAUCCAAAGAAGCUCCAAGAGCUUCAUCAGAGCAAUUAAUUCCUGUGACCGUAGCAAACCUGCACCCAAUUUCUUACACAAUGUUGGCUCUCGAGUCCCCAUAGAUCAGAAACUUUGGCCCUGUCUAAAGAGUCAGCCUUUGAAUCCAACUUCCUGACCUCUGAACUUCAAGUACCUACUACAGGGACUAUCCAGUACUGCAGGCAGCCCAGAUUUCAGCUACAAGCCCAAGGAAUGCGCUUUAGUAGCAGAAUACUGUAAUUAAAGAGAUGUAGCAGAGCUGUUUACCUAAGGCUAGAUUAAAUGCCAAGUUCUGUAGUUUUUCUUCCUAUCCUCCCUACUGGAUGGAUGACAAACAAAAAAAAAAACAUUAAGGGUGAGAGUCUGCAGGUGACUGUGGAUCCCUUUAUUUGACAUGCUCUGGCAUUUUGUCCAAAGCAUGAUUCUUUUUCCAGGCUGGCCUCUGUGCACACGCUGCAGCGGCUGCAAUGAACUUUACGCCAAGGGCUCACCACCUGCCUUGUAGCUUUUGGCAGAAAAUGAGAGACUGCAGCAGGCACCAGAAGCACAGGCUCUUCACGUGGUAAGGCCGCACAUUCACUUCCCACUUUUACUUCCCUUUCUGGUGCAGUUCCCUUCCCUUCUUGGCAGCAGAAGCCAGUUCUUAGGUUACAGACGUUUCCUUUUCUUCCCCUAUGGGGUACUGUGGGGACUUCACCCUACACCAUAAUCAGCAUCUGCCAGCAUGGGAACUCUAAAUCAGCAGAAGCAGCUUGCUGUUCUCAGCAUCUUCCUCACCUUUUUGUCCUCUGAAGAUACAAUCUAGGUCUCCUGCACAGCAAGACAGUCAUAAAGAAAAAGCUGCUGCCUGUAGGAAAAGGCACUAGAAAGAGGUAAUAGAAAGUGCAUUUCAGAGGACCAGACCUGUUAUUUUUAAAGGCAGCAAAUUUUGCACACGCAAAGAUUUCUAUCAUGAUUUAGACAUUUUGACUGUGAAUGAUUUUCUGUAAUUGUUCCAAUACAUUUCCUUUUCAUGAUUAAAAGCAAAUUCACACUGAA